UCUCUCAAUCCCCGUUAGAAAAAGAGAAAAGAAGAGAAAAUAAAAAAGCUCAACUAUUCAUAUUCAUCAUCCACUCUCUCUCUCAAACACAAACCAAAAAUUCUCCCUACCUCUUCUUCUCUCUAAAUCCUUGACAGAAUCCUCAUACCACUCUAUACAGGAUAACACAGCAGCCUUUUGAUCAAAAACCCACUUGUUCUGCUCCAUAAUUUGAUCCAAGUUUGGGUGGUUAUUUUUUUGGUCUAAGAAAAACGUUGAAUUCUUUGCAAUUAUUGACGGAUGCAGAUGGGUUUUGUGCAAUCGUGGGUUUCUCUGAUAUGUAAUCUUCAUCUCUGAGUUGUUGGGUCUUGAUCUGUUGCGAUCAUAAUGUAGAAUUGAACAAGUUUCUUAAGCAUGUGAUUGUGUUCUGUUCUCUGUGGAUUCUCUCUUUUUUGGCUUAAUUGGUUAUCUGAUCAAGUAUUCUGUUUGGUUUUGGAUUUCUCCUAUGAUUUUCUGAUCUGGGUAUUGCAAAAGUUUUGAUCUUUUUGGUCAAUUCCUUGCAAAACUUUGCUUUAUGAGUGCAACCUCUGUUUUUGGUAUUCAAUCAUGGAGGCUCAAUUUGAUUACUUGGAUCGUUUUGAUCGGGUUAUUCCGACCCGUUUGAGUUACAAUGAGUUUACAUGGAUCAAGUUCUCUAUUUUGAUGUCAAAAUUCUUUCGGGUGUCUUUUGGCGUUGGGUGGGAAUAUCCAAUUCCGGAAGACUCGUAUUCUUCUCCUCAAAGUCACCGUCUUUUAGUGUACAUCAAGUUACCAAACUGUUUAAAGGUUUUGGGUUUCUUUGUUUUGCCCCUAUUCAAUUGGAGGCUCUGAAAAUUUUUCUGAUUUGCUUUGGUUUGGUUGAACUAUGAUCGGAUGAUCCGUUACUGAGUUUCUUCCGGGGCAAGUUUUGUGAUGUUUGGUGUUUUGAUCUGAAAUUCUUUGAAUGCUCAAGUCCCAGUUCACGCCUUUUUGUUUCUCUGACACUAUUCCCAAUGACAUGUUGAAUGGACAUAACUUGUUGCAUUAUUUGUUGUUGUACUUGCUGUCAUAUAAACAGUUCUUUUUAUAGGUAUGCUUUCUAUUUGUAGGUUUGAGCUAGACAUGAAGUUUGUUGAUCAAUAACAUAUUUUUGAAGAAAUUCUUCUUUGCCAAGCUUGGCCACUGCGAAUUUAGGCAGUGCCAAUGGAUGCUACAGCGAGCGGAACCCCAACUAUACAAUACCAUAACAUUCCUGACCAGCCAAUUACCACCAUUGUUGCCACUCCUGUACCAACAUUUGAAAGGCGGCAACGCCAUUGCUUUGGGACCUCCUCAACCCCUGGAGAGUUCCCUUUAGCUGCCAACCCCUCAAUUGUCCUUCAUGUCCUUACUGCUUGCAAUUUGGACCCUCAAGACCUUGCAAAGUUAGAGGGAACAUGUUCCUUUUUCAGGCAGCCUGCAAACUUUGCUCCUGACUUUGACUUGUGCAUAUCUGAGCUUGCUGCUCUGGACAUGUGCCAAAAGAGAGCUAUAUUUAAGCCAAUGACAACCGAACAGCGUCAAGAAUUGAAGCAAAGAUGUGGCGGUUCAUGGAAACUGGUCCUGAGGUUUCUUUUGGCUGGAGAGGCGUGUUUCAGAAGAGAGAAAUCGCAGGCAAUUGCUGGACCUGGUCACAGCAUUGCUGUGACUUCAAAAGGAACUGUCUACUCAUUUGGUUCUAACAGCUCGGGACAGCUUGGACAUGGCACCACUGACGAGGAAUGGCGGCCUCGGCCAAUCAGAUCUCUGCAAGGCAUUCGAAUUAUUCAUGCAGCUGCUGGGGCGGGGAGGACAAUGCUGAUCAGUGAUGCUGGGAAGGUUUAUGCCUUUGGGAAGGACUCUUUUGGUGAAACUGAAUAUGGGGUCCAAGGAUCAAAGCUGGUUACCACUCCACAAUUGGUUGAGUCCUUGAAAGAUAUAUUUGUGGUGCAAGCUGCAAUUGGAAACUUCUUCACAGCUGUGUUGUCAAGGGAAGGCAGGGUAUAUACAUUUUCUUGGGGAAGUGAUGGCAAACUUGGUCACCAAACUGAACCGAAUGAUGUUGAGCCCCAUCCUUUGUUGGGAGCACUUGAGAAUGUACCUGUGGUGCAAAUUGCAGCUGGAUACUGCUACCUUCUUGCUCUGGCUUGUCAGCCUAAUGGAAUGUCUGUUUACUCUGUUGGCUGUGGCUUGGGUGGCAAGCUUGGACAUGGUUCAAGAACUGAUGAGAAGCACCCCCGACUGAUUGAACAGUUUCAGCUUUUGAACCUUCAGCCCAUGGUGGUUGCGGCUGGUGCCUGGCAUGCUGCUGUGGUUGGCCAGGAUGGACGGGUCUGCACGUGGGGUUGGGGUCGUUACGGGUGCUUGGGUCAUGGGAAUGAAGAGUGUGAAUCAGCUCCUAAGGUUGUGGAAGCAUUGAGCAAUGUGAAAGCUGUGCAUGUAGCUACAGGAGAUUACACAACCUUUGUGGUUUCCGAAGAUGGUGAUGUGUACUCAUUUGGCUGUGGAGAAUCAGCUAGUCUUGGACACAAUUCUGCUGCCGAUGGACAGGGAAAUAGGCAUGCAAAUGUAUUGGCUCCAGAGCUUGUGUCAUCACUCAAGCAAGUAAACGAGCGGGUUGUACAGAUCAGUCUCACCAAUUCAAUAUACUGGAACGCUCACACUUUCGCACUCACUGAAUCGGGGAAACUAUAUGCAUUUGGGGCAGGGGACAAAGGUCAACUAGGAAUUGAGCUCGUUGCUAAUCAGACUGAAAGGGGAAAUCCAGAGCUGGUUGAUAUUGAUCUCAGAUAGUUCAUCAAUUUCAAUACUCAAAUCCAUUUCCCUACCUCACCAUCAUGCCUUAUUUAUCCUCUAAUUUAUCUUCAUCAUGACUGAUUGCAUUUGAUGUUUAGAUUUCCAUGUCAAUUCUUGUACAUAGAAGAAACAAAGGAUUUGUGAAGGUUCAAGCUAGGUACAUAGGGGCCUAAACAAAUACAUUGGUUGUUGAUAUUUUAAAAUUUGGCUUGCCUUAGGCUUCAAGUUGUUGAUAGCUAGUACAUUUGUCAAUGUUCACUUCAUAUUUAUCUCAAUUUGAUUCAUAUAUCUGCUAAA